AUGGCUUUACUGAAGUUUGGAAGAACGCAAGACAUCUCUUUGACAGUAGAAAAAUCUGAAAAGUUGGAUUUUAAUGUUUCACCAGGUGUUCAUAACUUCCUCUCUCUAUCACCAACUGCAUCAACUAGAGGUAAAUAUAAACGAACAAAAAAACUGAAGAACCAGUCUUCAUUUACCACUGAUCCACACCCAACUUCUAUGAUGGCAAAGGAAAAUAAAUAUUCAAAUCGUACAAGUGGACUAACUCCAAGUGCCAAACGUUUGCACAUGAGCUGUUCUGCGUCAGCUUCACCCAUAAAGUCAGUAAUAAUCCAUGAACGUCCAACACGAUCCCAGUCAAGUAGCCCUUGCGGAAAACUUAGAACUCAUUCCUUGGGUAAUAAUUCAUAUGAUGUCUGUUCUGUUCGUCGACACAAAUCGACUGGUAAUGAAUGCAUUUUAUCGGACUCAUCAUCCAUUGUACCCAGUCCAAACAUAUUUUCGAAUGGGAUUUUUGACUUCACAAUGUGUGAUCAAUGUUCUGAUUUACGAUCUCAAUCAUUAGAUUCUUGGAUGGAUCAUUUAGGUGAAUUACAUCCUAUACCAGUUCAUUGGCCAAGUUCACGUGCUGAUCGUCUUAGUGAAAAAGAAAAAAAAUAUCCUUAUACCGCAGUUGUUGGCUCUAACAAAAAACGUAAAGCAUCUGCAAUUCCUCGACCGCUAAAUAGUUUUAUGAUUUUCGCCCAAUACCUUCGAAGAAUCAUACUGCACUGGUUCCCCGAUGCACCUAAUGUACACAUAAGUCAACGAGUGGGACAACUAUGGAGAAAACUAGAUUUGAAAAUGCGUGAAUUUCCUGACUAUAAGUAUAAACCUAAAAAACGUGCACGUAAUGUAAAUAGCGAUGACAACAAAAUUGAAGCUGAUGAAUGUAUUCCCAAGUCAGAAAUCGUCGUACAAAUUACAUCGAAAUCGAUUACGUCUAAUAACAACAAUAAUUCUAAAAUGAACCAUGAGAAUGUUGCAUUUCCCGUUGAUCAAAAUUUUUCCACUCGCUUGAACAAUCAAAAUUCUGAUGAAAAUCAUGCUCAAAACCAAACGCCAGUGAUAAUUGAACAAAACCGAACAUCUGUUGUUAACUCUAUCAAUUGCUGCAGAAAUUACUUACAACCAAAUCCACAGGUAAAUAAUAAAUUGAACAUGGAAUUAUACCAACCAGUAAAAGUAGAUUAUAAUUAUUCCCAUGCAACAUGUGUUAGCAAUCCAUAUGACAAAAGAGUGUUCAUAUCACCUGUCAUAAAUGACAACUAUAUUUCUAAGGAAAAUAAAGAAGUCGACGAAACAAUGACAUUAUUAGUUACUGAUAGUGGGGACAUCGAACAUGUAACUUAUCAAUUGCAUAAAAUUAUACCAUGUCAAACUAUUGACGGAAUAACUGAAUCCCUGAUAUCACCAUUGUCACUAAACCAGGAAAAUCAAAUCAAGGAAAUUCGAAUUUUGAAUAUACAGUCACCAACUGUUCAACAACUUGUAAAUGAACAGCCAAUGAUAUAUCGUACUUUCCUGUGUGAACCUCCCAAAGCGACUUUUAUUAGGCAGUCUACAGUAAUCCCAAUUAAAACAAAUUCCUCAAUGUUAAAUGGCAUGCUGCUGGAUACUAAUAUGAAUAAUUUAAGUUUUCAGCCAUUCAUUACACAAACAAAUGACAGCACCACAUCAUACUUACCUCCGACUUCCUCUAAAAUUGGAUUUAAUCAUGAUAAAGUAAAUUCUAAUCCUUUGUCGGAAAUCAAACUAGGAAAUAUUGAAUCUCAAUAUAACAACUUGGCGAGCACCUGUAACCAUAAUAUAAGUUAUCCAAGAGAAGGACUAAGUACAAAAGAUGUUAGAAAGGACAGUCAGGUGUUAAAUUCUAAACAAGAUAUUAGUGAUGAAAAGAAGUCUGCUACUACUGAUUUAUAUGGUGUGUUAUCCAGUCGUCAUAUAAAUACGUCCCUAUUCGUGGAGAACCUCAAGUCAAAGUAUGAAGACGAAAAUGUCGAUACAGCACUCAGUUUUAAUGAUAUUGAAACAUGCAAGUCAGGAACUUCUCUUGACGAACUUGAACAGAUCACUUUAUUUUCUUGUGAUAGUAAUAACGACUUCUUACAGACUAUACACUCUUCGAAUCUACCGACUGAAAACUCCCCAUUAAUUUUACAGUCUGCAAGUAUUAACAACUGCCCACAAACAAAACUAUCGCCUAAAGACUCAGUCUUACGUACAGAUAAAUUCACGCACCCUAACGGCUUGCCAAGUAUUGAAUCAUGGACAUUUGGAACAUCAAAGUCUUUCCAACGAAGUUGA